AUGGCUACGAGUGAUGCACAUUCAUUACAGAGAACAAUACGUGCCGCGAUUCGAAGUUUAUAUCCUUCACCAACAAGAGAAGGAUCGAUUGUAGUACCGACAAUCACAGGUGGAAACAGCAAAUCAUUGGCAUUAUACCCAAUAAAUGUGCGUCAAAUAUAUCAUUCGUCGCUAGUCCUUGCAGUCUCCGCGAUUGAUCAAAAUAUCCCAGGAGAGUAUCCUGAUGGACCGCUCGGGAUUGACAUAACUUGCCUGAAUCCCGAAUUUGAUCAUGUUUUCAAGAGUAUGCGGGAUAUUGGCGUAUGGUAUUUCGUAGAGAAUAAGCGGCCUGUUUCUUACCAUGGUACAGAAGAGCACAAUGCGUUGGACAUCGUUGAAGAAGAUUAUAAGCUGAGUAAACACAAACGAUUUCUGCAUGGUAAAGGGAUUUAUUCAUCUCCAGCACCGAAAUUCAGAAUCGCGUCAAUCCCAAGUAUUUAA